AUGGAUGUGUACAAUAGCGAGGAGGGCCUGGAUGAAGAGGAGAUGGGGACGAGUGAGGAUUUUCUGUCGGAUCGAGAAGCCAGAGAGCUCGUCGCGACAAUCAGAAGAAAGCAUACCUCUGUCGGCUACGAGGAGCUUGCUGUAAUUCUAUGCGACUUAUUGGAUCUCACAUCAUCGGACCUAUACGACACCAAGACGCACUUUCUUCUCGAGUUGCUGCAGAAUGCCGACGAUAACCAGUACCACAGUCACUCGGUUCCGACAUUAACCUUUACGUGCGAUGAAAGAGCGGGCAGCCUCCGGGUUGACUGUAACGAGACCGGCUUUGAGGCUAAACAUGUGCAGGCCAUCUCUACAGUGCGUCGAAGCACUAAGAGUGGCAAAAACCAUUCUGGAGGAUUUACUGGCGAGAAGGGGAUUGGGUUCAAGAGUGUCUAUAGAGUGGCAGAGAAGGUAUGGAUAGCAUCACGCCAGUACCGUUUCAUGUUCGACAGCACAGAGAGAUUCGGGAUCAUUGCCCCGAAAUGGGCAGAUUUUCCCGCGCCGACUAUUGAGGAUCAGACGUCCUUCUACCUUCAAUUGGCCGAUCCAAACGUUUCAGUAGACCUUACCAAAGAGCUCCGCGGCUUUGGACCGAAUCUUCUUGUAUUUCUGAGGAGAGUACGGCGCCUCGUGCUUAGUGUUUCCGACCGAGACAACAAAGGAUGGAAUCGUACUUUUCGGAAACAAGUUUUCGAGGAAGACGGGGACCAAGUCAUAGUCAUUCACAUGGAUGAGAGCCAGGUACGGUAUCGCACGUCGACAUAUCAAGUACUGAACUUGCCAGCUGAGAAGAGGAGGCCGAGUUCUCAUCUCUGGGAACUCGUCCUCGCCUUCCCAGUCACCGAUCUUCCUGCUCAACCGAGCCAGUGCUCUCAGUACGUUCAUGCUUUGUUACCAAUCAGUGACUAUGGCCUAAAGUUUCUACUUAAUGGAGACUUUUUGCUCACGGCAGACCGCUCGCACAUUGACGUUUCAAACCUCUGGAACCAAUCGCUUCGAGACAGUCUAACUGACGCCUUCAUUCUGGCGGUACACAAUCUUGGCCAAGGUUCAUUGAAAUACUUCUGGCCAUUCUUUGUCCCCGACGCCGAGGUUUCCGAGUUCUUUCAACCCUUCCGGGAGGCUGUGUUGGGAAAGCUGGGUGAGAGCAAGGUCUUGGAGUCCUGGAACGGAGAAAUGUGCAAACCGUCCGAUCUCGUUUAUGUCUGUCCCAGCAGGUUCUCCGACAGUAACGGCCGUCCUUUCACCUUGUAUGACAAUACCGCCAGUCGCUAUCUGUCUGCAAAAUACCCGGAGUGGCUAACAGCCUCGCUUCUCGAUCUCGGCGUGUCUGAGAUGUCAGAGCCAACAUUCCUGACAGACCUUGAGUCUAUGGUAUCCAAGCGUUCAGUGGAGCUACGAUUGAAACAACCUGAUUGGCAUUCUCAACUUGCAAAAGUCCUUCUGCCCAUGGCACAGACUGCCGCCUAUAAGGAUAUCCUUGCAAAGCUACCGAUCAUACCACUAUCCAACGGACAAUGGACAUCAGCUGACAAGAGCCCUGUCUUCUUCAAUAAGGAUCUGAACCCAAAAAGCUUUGAGUUGGCCGAUGAUAUGCGAAUCAUUGACCCCCUGGCCGCCACAGAGGAGCAUCGACGCAGCCUGUAUCAGAAGUUGGGCAUCGUGGAAAUCGAACGGCCAGAAAUGUGUUCCCACAUUGCCAAACUACACGGCUCAGCAUCAUUCGACCCGAAUAGGAUCCCUCGGAAGGAGCUCAUCUCACACGCUGUGUUCUUGUUUGAGUCUUCGUGGCGCCCAACUCAUGACAUAGAUCUUUGGUUUGCUACUUCUGACGGCGGUAUUUGCAAAGGCUCGCAGCUAUAUCUCAGGGUUGAUUUUGAACCCGGGUCAAUAGCUGGGAAGAUCUUUGGCAAGCUUGAAAAGGAGUUCUCGACACCUCACGAGGAAUACAUGACAUACGUGAAGACAUUAUCCAGUCAUGACAUGGAGAUUCAAGAGAGCGCCUGUGUCAUCUCAGAUGCCCUCAAUCUCGUUUCUGAUGGACCAAACAACGAACUACACUUUUCAGACAUCCCCCAGGAGGCCAUUCAGAGCUCUGUAUCCGUCACAAUCUUCGAUACUUCCACUUGGGAUAGGUUCAGCUUCGACACAGUCUAUGAAACCGACUCUGCGGAUGCACCUGCUAGGAAUAAACCGGCUAGAUUGCUUCACUCUGGCCCGACCAGGCCCUUCGACUAUUUGUCGGUGGACUACUUUUACAACAUGCUGUUCUUACCUGAACCUUCACGUGGAACUGAUGUAGAUUCAUUCAAGUCGUACCUCAUCAGUACUCUGCGCCUAUCAUCUAUCCCGCGGCUUGUCACUCACUUGGACAACCGGCGAUUCACUCUAUCAGAAGAAUUCAAGUUUCUCUUCAGAGAGUGCCCUGUGUCCGAUGUGCUCCACCUACUGGUGGAACAUUGGGAUGAAUAUUCGGAAUGGAUUGAAAUGGACACGCACAAGCGACACAAUCCGGUCCUAGUCGAGUCUCAUGAGAACCUACUCAAAGACAUGAGGAACAGUCUAGUCCGAACUCAACAUGGUUUGAAAUCUCUGCGUCAAAUCAUCCUUUCUUCCUUAGACCCCCACAUCAAGCGACUUGAAAUCCCAGUGACUACGAUCGAUAUAGAAGGCUCUGAGGACCGGUCGCUACGCCGCAAGCUGGGUUUGCUUGGCAUCAAAGUUGAAGCAGACCUGGACUAUUAUCUGUCUUGUUUGUUCUCACUUGCUGAUCAAGGCGGCUCGCCUGAGCAAAAUGCAAUAUUGCAUGUCUAUGAGCACAUUCAAUCACGCUACGAGGAUGACGAAGUCGCGGUAUUGGCUGCGUUUGAGUUCAUCCCAGCACUGUACAUCGGACCAAGUGGCGGGAGGUCAGGUCGAUGGCUGACCAUCGCACAGUGUCGCAAGGAGCGAGUAGAUCCAUGUGCUAUCUAUCCAACAUGCCAUAACCUAUUCUCCGAGCUCUUUCACUAUCGCGGGACCGAGAUAGACGCUGUUGUGAACAAGGCAGGUUCUAUUGACCGUCACUGGACAUUAAGUCGCAUCCUCAAUGUCCUGGCCGACCUGAGUGCAAUUCUGGCGCCCAUGACCCCUGCGAAGGCUAGACAUUCGGUUCAGCCUCUGAUGAAGAAAGGGAUAAUUCCGGUUCGGAAGAAACAGGGCUAUGACACUGCUUGGGAACUCUGUCGUCCUUGCGAUAACUCGUGGUUCAUCGCGGAUCGUCCACACCUCGCCAAGAGUUUCGCCGGCAAGGUUCCUCUGUUAGCUCUGAGCCCCGGAGACCUCGACACAGUUGGCGCACUAUUCCAAGCUAUGGGGUUCCAACCUCGACACUUGACGAAACUUGUUGAAACGACUGUCUACCCGUCACGGACCUCUGUUUUUUCCAACUCAGACACUCGGUUCCUCCAAUCUCGACUUGAAUAUGUUCAAUCAUUAAUCCCUAAGUCAGAAAAGGACAGAGCCGAUACAUGUCUCCAGCUUGAAACGGCUGAGAUCAGAAUUGUGGAGCAUAUCUAUCAAGUAUACUCCUUCACCUUUGACGGGAGCCAGAAAUAUGCCAGCCACAAGACCGAGUGUGACGCAACAAUGCUAACAAAUCGCUCUGGCAAUCUCUCGAUCUAUAUUGCAAGAAGGAAUCAUGUUCGGAAGCAAUUUCCCUUUGAGCUCAUCGAUAUGAUCGCAGAGCAUUGUCGAAUCACCGAUCCUCGGGAUUUAAGCUUGCUCUACACAGCUCUGAGCGAACCGGAUAUCAGGAGAGUUCAAACCGCGUUUGCCAUCAAUGGCCAUUACUUUGACAAAGCUGAUGACGACGACGACGACGAGGACGAUGAUGAUUAUGAUGACAGUGACUCAGAUGAAGAUUUUCGCACACGCAAUGGUAGGAGCGCUCGAAGGUCUCGUACGGGCGACAUAUUCAAGCUCUCCGACUUCUUCUCCGAUAUGGAGAGCAGCGACAAUGACGAUUCCCAGCCCAGAAGCAGGGUGCCAUAUUCUAGACCGAAGAACCCUCUCAGGCGACGAAGAGGGAGAGAUCCAGACGAGGACGCAGACAGACGUAUCCCCUUGUUGUCGUUUACUAAGAUGGGAGUAAUCCCAAACGAAGACCCCGUUCAUGCUCAAGGCUUGUUUUGGCAGAGUCAUAAACUGGACCCCAGCGACCAUCUCCAGUACCUAGGACAGACGUUGGUGUCUAGCUUUCUUCAAAGAUAUCUGGGGCCAUCCUAUGACCCUAUCCGGCACUGGACAAGUACGCUCCGUUCAAGAGCAGGCUUGCCAGCGUUCGAGAGCAGCGAUGGACCAGCUCCUUUCACCCUGGAGGACCCUCAAUCAUCAGCAAGGUUGACAGAGCUUUUAACAAAGCUUGACAAGUUUCCUAAAGGGAUGGGGGACGGCACAGCGUGGCGGUCCAUAUCGCCCCGUUAUCAUUUUGAAGUCGUUGUUUCAGAGGGUGAUGCGACUUCAUCAUUCGUUUGGAAUCUGGAACAGCUUCGGAGAAUCCGCAGAUAUAGACUGGAAAAGUCUCUCCACAUCGGCAUCGAUGUCAUACUCCUAGUGCGGGUCAGCGAUGUCUACAAGAAUCCUCAGUUCGAGAUUCUUUUCGAUCCCUGGCAACUUAUUCUCUCCGAUUCUCUAUGCCUCGAGGGGAAGAUCAAGUGUCUUGCAACAAUCAAAAACGGGUGCUCACCACCGGAUCCAGCCAGGGCACGAAAGCCUCGGGCCGCUCCACUCCUGAGUAGUAGCCACUACACAGACACGAUCAGUUUACCUUAUCAUCAGGCCCCGUGGACGAUCCGCCAAGCCACAGGAGAGCGUAUUCGCAAUUGCUUGUACCCUGAGGAGGCCGACAGUGGCUGUGAGAAGUCACUACCUCUGACUGUUAGCAGGAAAGUCCGCGUUGAGUUCUCCUACAAGGCCCUUAGGGCCAAGCAAACGCGGUUUUUCAUGCUAUUCCCCGGCAAGAAUGAAGCUCCCCUCACUGGUAUGGUAUUUACUUGCUCGAGCAUCAAAAACAGCGGUCCUUACAGAACGCUGUCCUACGAGUGGGGGUUGAACACCGCAACGCCGUUGCACAAGCUGUGGACCCCGGACGGCUUUCUGAACAUACGAGACUCUCUGAAUACCUGCCUCCGACGUCUGAGGGACGAAAAGAGCCCUAUUGUACUCUGGGUGGAUGCAAUAUGUAUCAACCAGAAGGACGACGUUGAAAAGGCAAGGCAAAUCCGACUCUUGCCAGAGAUUUUCCAGAAUGCGACCCGCACGAUGGCGUUCUUGAGUGCCGAGACACAGUACGACAAGGCGAUGGAAACUCUUCUUCAAGUGGCUGCCAAGGAGACCUACGGUCGCGCAGCAGGGAGGGACUGGCCAGACGGGCUCGACCCAGUGGACCCAUCUUGGGAAGAGCGGUCGUCGCCGCAACCUAGCGACCCGAUAUGGCGAUCUAUUUCGAAGCUCUUCGAAAGCAACUGGUUUCGCCGGGCAUGGAUAGUCCAAGAAGCCGUCAUUGCGCCGACGGUAACUAUUGUGUGCGGAAGCUGGACGGCGGACUGGAACGAUAUCCACAUCGCCGUCCACACCAUCGAGCGAGAGCAUGGUGGUCGGCUGGGGACAUGCUCCGCAUCGUGGGUACCAUUCAUGAGACUUUCACACCUCCGGGAUCAUGAAGCACAUCACCACCGCUGGAAUCUACUGUCGCUGUUGGAGACCUUCCGUCAUGUCAAUUCUACACUACGGCGGGACCGAUUCUUCGCCUUGCUCGGCCUGGCUUCUGACGGAAACGAAAAGAACUUUGAGCCGGAUUACAGAGAAAGUACCUCUUUCUCCAGUAUUGCAUCUAGGUUCGGCCGCGUGUUUGUCAGCCAGGGACACGGCAUGCACCUUCUCUAUCGCGCGGGUUUAAAUCCCCAGUCCAAGGGCUUCCCGUCAUGGCUACCUGACUUGACGUGCCCCAUUACAAACACCCUUCAUGACAGACAAGCCGAGUUCAAUGCUUCAGAGACUCGAGACGAAGUCAUCAGAUGGCUGAAUGGCAACCUACUGCGGGUGACUGGAGCAUAUGUUGACGAGAUUAUGCACAUCAGUAAUCACUCAAACUCGAAUGAAGCAAGGGAGUGCUCUGAGUACUUCAAGGAGGUGGACUCAAUGGUCGAUUCUCUCCGGAAGUUCUACCCCAAAGUUCGUCUUGAAGAGAUGAAGUGGCGAGUGCCGGUGGCAGGAACGACAGAUCUCCCAAUUACCGACACCGACCUUCAGAAUUCUUACAAAGCGUUCCGGGAGGUCCUGAAGAAGGCUGCUUUCAGACGUGGGAGGACUCGUGUUUACGACCACAAGCCAGAGGCCGAUUUUGAUGCUAUCAGUAGUAUGCUGGGCGCGGGCACACGCCGGGAGAAAUCUGCGGCAUACAGCUCGAUGCUGAGUGACAACAUCCGCGGCUGGAAAUUCGUUACGACUAAGAGGAACCUUUGUGGAAUCGUUCCUGGCGCUGCUCGGGUUGGGGAUCGCGUUUGCAUUCUCUUUGGCGGCAACAUUCCAUUUGUAAUGCGCAGGAGCACGACCAGAUCGUAUUGUCAUGAACUCAUUGGCGGGUGCUAUGUUGACGGUGUCAUGCAAGGGGAGGCUUUAGAGUUUGACGAUUUGCAGACAAAGUGCUUUGACAUUUGUUGA